CAGAAUGAGACGGUGCUGGCCAGAAAAUGGGGGACACACUGGAGAAGAGCUCUGAGGAGCCUGAGAUCUCUUUGGACAAUGAGUGUUCAAAGAAAAUGGAGGACUUGGUGGAAGUCUCAAGUGGCGAAAAGGUCAAGUUUGAUGACACAGGUCUCUCUCUGGUGCUUCAGAAUGGCCUGGAGAACCUUCGGCUUGAAAAUUCCCUUACAGAUGUCAUCCUAUGUGUGGACAGCAGGGAAUUCUCCUGUCACCGAGUGGUCCUUGCUGCAGCAAGCAAUUAUUUCAGGGCCAUGUUCUGCAAUGAUUUAAGAGAGAAAUAUGAAGAGAAGAUCAUACUUAAAGGAGUUGAUGCCGAAACCAUGAAUAUACUCUUGGACUACACCUACACCAGCAAGAUGCUCAUCACAAAGCAAAAUGUACAGAAAGUCUUGGAAGCUGCCAGUCUCUUCCAGUUCCUGCGCAUGGUAGAUGCUUGUGCCAGUUUUCUCACUGAAGCCCUCCAGCCAGAGAACUGUGUGGGCAUCCUGAGGCUGGCUGAUGCCCACUCUCUGCAUAGCCUGAAACAACAAGUGCAGAACUACAUUAUCCAGAACUUCACCCAGGUCCUGAACUACGAGGAGUUCCUGGAGCUGCCAGCUGACAUCCUCUGCAGCACGCUGAAGAGUGAUGACCUCUAUGUCACAGAAGAGGCGCAGGUGUUCGAAACUGUCAUGAGCUGGGUUCGUUACAAGGAGUCAGAGAGGUUUCCUCUCCUGCCCUACGUGCUGGAGAAUGUCCGGCUGCCCCUCUUGGACCCCUGGUACUUUGUAGAGACUGUUGAAGCUGAUCAACUCAUUAGACAGUGUCCAGAUGUUUUUCCUUUGCUCCAGGAAGCAAGAAUGUACCAUCUGUCAGGCAACGAGAUUAUUACAGAAAGAACCAAGCCCAGGAUGCACGAGUUCCAGUCUGAGGUGUUUAUGAUCAUAGGGGGCUGUACAAAAGAUGAGAAGUUUGUAGCAGAAGUGACUUGCCUGGAUCCUUUGAGGCGAAGCCGCCUGGAAGUAGCAAAAUUACCAAUCACAGAGCAGGAGACGGAGAAUGAGAAUAAAAAAUGGGUGGAGUUUGCAUGCACUACCCUAAAAAAUGAAGUCUACAUAUCGGGUGGCAAAGAAACAAAGCACGAUGUCUGGAAAUACAACGCCUCCAUCAACAAAUGGAUACAAAUUGAAUACCUAAAUAUUGGGCGAUGGAGGCAUAAAAUGGCUGUGCUGGGUGGCAAGGUAUAUGUCAUCGGUGGGUUUGAUGGCAUGCAGAGAAUCAACAGCAUGGAAGCAUAUGACCCUUUUCAUAACUGUUGGUCAGAGGCUGCUCCCCUCAUGGUCAAUGUAAGCUCCUUUGCAGCAGCCAGCUACAAGAAGAAACUCUAUGUGAUUGGGGGAGGACCCAACGGGAAGCUGGCGACAGACAAGACUCAGUGCUAUGACCCUGCGACCAACAUGUGGAGCCUGAAAGCUUCCAUGCCAGUAGAAGCCAAAUGCAUCAAUGCAGCGAGUUUCCGUGAUCACAUUUAUGUUGUGGGUGGGGCAAUGAAAGCACUCUACUCCUACAGCCCCCAGGAGGACACAUGGUGCCUGGUGACUCAGUUUACCCACGAGAGAGCCAGUUGUGGGAUUUCUCCUUGCAACAACAAGCUGUUUAUAACUGGGGGACGAGAUGAAAAGAACGAGGUCAUUGCGACAGUGCUGUGCUGGGACCCUGAAACUCAGAAGCUGACAGAAGAGUGUGUCCUGCCGCGGGGGGUGUCUCACCACGGGAGCGUUACCCUCAGGAAGUCUUACACGCACAUCCGUAGGAUUGUGCCAGGGGCAGUUUCUGUCUGACUGUAGGAGAGCUGCAAAUGAACCCAAUACCUCUGUGCCCAGUGGCACAGUCUGUAGCAAUGCUAUUUGUUAGCUGCAGGGAGCAAUGAAUGGAAUAUCACCACUGGGGUCCU